AAAAAAAUUUGUGAAUCGUUUUCUUACUUCUAAGCGAAUAAAUACUUAUUUUAUUACGUAUGAUCAAUCAUCACCAAAACAUUAUUUUUGUUCAAAAAAAAAAAAAAAACAAAACACUUAUUUUCAAUGUAAAUUUUAAAAUUUGAAUUCCCAGUAGAAAAGUGAUGUUUCAAUACAAAGAUCCAACAUUUUUUCUGCAGUCAUGAGUUCAUCAAAUCCCCCCUCCGAUUUUCUAAAUUCAAAGGUGACGCAUCCUAGUGAUGAAUUACUUUAAAUUACCUACAUAUUUUAGUACCUACCUGCUACCUACACGUUGUGCUCAAAACCGAAGCCCGUAGAUGGUUAUUCUUGAGUUUACGUAUGUUUUAUUUUCAAGUUGAAUACUUAAGUAUAUAUAUAUACCAAGUUCAAAGCCCAAAAUUCUAAAAAUAGAACACAUUUAAUCCAACAAUUUAAUCAACAAAUUAGAACUAGCGCGCAAUGUGUCGAAAAAUGAAUUUUAGAACUUCGAUCAUUGUAUAAAAAAAAAACAAUUAUGAUGCAACCAAUGAGCAAAAAUCUUCUUGUAAUCAAUCAGCAAAUUGAAGUGAUCAUUCGGUGGCCAGUUCGGAAAUGUUUUACAAUCAUUUGUGAUGACACCCCCCCCCCCUCGGGUACAACUCGUACGUAAGACAUUCUUGAAAUCUGUAACGAAUUCUCGUUCCAUUAAAAACUCACAAUUACUCAUUUAAAUGCAUGUUUUGUCGGAAAUAAUUUUUUAAUUGCAUCUUUGCCACUUGCUAUCCCCCUAAAAUGAUUAAAGUCUCAUUAUGUUGCUUUGGUCGAAUCCAAUUUGAUGAUAAUCUCCUGUAAUUUCUUAGGGCCUCUGAAAAUAUGACAGUCUGUCUGAUUCGUUUCGAGAAAAAAAUCCUAAAUGUGUUCGACUUCUUUUUGGGAAGUCAAUUGAUUAAUUUUCUGUCAAUUUUCUCUGUCUCGUACAUUUUUAAAAAAAAUUUGUUGUUGCUGGAAUCUGAAAGUAAUUGUUCUAGGUACGAUUUCGUUUGAGAAAAGUACCUAAAAUGAGUAGAUAAAAUUAGGCACCUAUAGAAUUACACCCUCGAGUUUCACUAUUAGCAUUUUUUUUAUUCGAAAAAGAAGGGGUGUCUCUCAAAGCAGUCACUAUAAAAACCAAUCUGUGUCCUUUCAAAUCUUCAAUUCGAUCAUUAAAGAAUUGCGUUUUUUGAUUUCAAAAAUGAGCGAAUUUAAAACUACGAGUGCGAGUAUGGUCGAAAAUUGGAGAGAUUACAUUGUGUGAAUAGGUAUUCGAUACUGUAUUUUAGAAACUAGAAAAUGUCGCAUUUUUUUCGGAACUCAACAAUUUGUGCUUAAAUUCAAAAAUGUUCGUUAAAACCGGAGUUUUUGUUCUUUUUAUUCUGAUUGCACAUCGGUACCUACAUCAAAUUACAUGUUCGAAAAAUACCUAUGUAGUUUUCUUAGCUUACGCGUGCAGUAUUUUUCUCGACAGAAUUCGAUUGCGUAGCAUGACGAUAAACGUUAGAGAUUUCUCGUUUCAACUCGGUUAAUUUUAUUUCAAGUUGAAAACUGAAAUCUUCAUUCUUUUGCACUUGGAAGAAUCGUUAUCUGGUCUAGUGCGAACUACGAUGAUAAUUUUUCUACGAAUUAGUCGUAUAGGGUAAUGUAGUGGUUCGUGUGAUUUCUCCUGCAACAGUCGUUAACGUAUAUUAUUGUAAAAUGAUCGGGUCUUGUCGUUGCUUGUACUGUCAUUUUUCAAACACCGCCCAGUCGUCUCCAUUACUCGCAUAGUUGUGAUCUUUUUUGUCUCCCUAGUUCCGAUAUUUGUUCUCACAUAAAGCAACUUGUACGUAGUAUUUUUAGCUUCGGUAUUACUGAUCAGACGUCUGAAUUCGGUCUUGUUCUUGUUUUAAUGAUCUCGUUGUUUGACGAAUUAAUUUUUAAUCGCUGAAAUAGUGUAACGAAUUAUGAAAAACGUUUGUCGUCGUGGUGUAUUGAAUAAUUUAAAAUUGGUGGUGUACGAAGUGAUGUCAAGUGGGUACCGGAGUACCGGCCACCGGGUAUUUUUUCAUCUGUACCAUCGGAAUGAUCCAAAUAUGGCAUUGGUAUGUUUGCUGUAUUAUUUCGUAGUUUGAAAAGCUGAUGUUGGUGGACAGAAAAACAUCCCCGGUGGAAUGCCCGGCGGUCCUAAAUUCCUAUCUAGAGGGCAGACGUUUCGCGUUGUCCUGGGAGAUACACUGGUAUUACCUUGCGAAGUGGAAAAUUUAAGUAAUUACGUUCUACUAUGGAGAAGGGGCAGCGCAGUAUUAACAGCUGCCACCUUGAUGGUGACCAGAGAUUCGAGGUUUCGAUUGGUAGACGGAUAUAAUUUGGAAAUCAGCGACGUAAUGCCGCAGGAUGCCGGGGAUUACGUGUGUCAAAUUAGUGACGGUAAUAAUCCCGAUCAAAUACAUACGGUGGAAAUUUUGGUUCCUCCGAGUAUUCGAACGACGCCUUCUAAUGGCCAGUUGACCGCUAGAAAGGGCGGAUCUAUUACGUUGGAGUGUAAAGCUUCCGGGAACCCGGUGCCGAGUAUUUUGUGGUCUAGAAAGGAUAAUGCUCUACCUAGCGGCGAGAAAGCUGUAGAAGGAUUUUCCAUCACGUUAGAGAAAGUUGAUCGUCAUCAAGCUGGCGUCUACCAGUGUACUGCCUCGAAUGGUGUAGGAGAUCCGGUCACAGUCGAUAUGCAAUUAGACGUACUAUAUCCUCCGGAAAUAGACGUGGAACGAAAUUGGAUUCAUUCCGGCGAAGGAUUCGAGGCUCAGUUAGUUUGCAUCGUACAUGGGGAACCUUUACCUGAGGUGUUGUGGUAUCAAGAUAGUUUCCUAUUGGAUCCGACCGAUAGAAGGACGAUGGAUACACGUGGUAAUAAGCACACGUUGACCAUACGCAACGCUCAGAGCGCAGAUUUCGGUAAUUACAGCUGUCAAGCCGAGAAUAACAUGGGCAAAACUAGAAAAUACAUGGAAUUGUCAGGAAGACCAACGCCGGCUGAAUUUGAGAAUAAAGGUAACGGACGGUUCAGAGAUCAGUACAAUUUGACGUGGUCCAUCGAAAGCUAUCCACCGUUGGAUGAAGUUCGCCUUUUAUAUAGAAAAGUAACGAUGAACGAUACCCACCAGCAACCGGGACAAUGGCACGAUAUAAUGCUCCAUCCGCACUGUCCGAAAAGCGAGAAAAACGAUCCAAAGUGCGAAAUGUCGCACUUAAUUCGCGGAUUAGAUCCUGGUUCAUCGUACGAAGCUAUCGUACAAGCUAAGAAUAAAUACGGCUGGAACGAAGUAUCGGACUUGUAUCAGUUUUAUACCAGAGGACACGCUGAUUACGAUAAUUACCUCGAACCUGAUAUGAAAGAUUUGGGAUUAUUGUCGAGCAAUGCUUCUUCAUCGGUUAAAAUCAGUACCGGAUUGUGUUGGAUAGUCGUAUUUUGGCUCGCGAACGUGUAAUGUUAUUUCUCCAUACG